AUGACUACUUCCAAUUCUAACGAGGCACAUGAUCACUGGUUGGAUCGUGGUGAAGAUUUGUCCCGUUUGCACGAGUACCAAGUCAUUGGCAGAAGACUCCCAACCGAGUCUGUCCCAGAGCCAAAGUUGUACAGAAUGAGAAUCUUUGCUCCAAACUAUGUUGUUGCCAAAUCCAGAUACUGGUACUUUUUGAAGAAGUUGCACAAGGUCAAGAAGGCUUCUGGUGAGAUUGUUGCAUUGAACGUCAUCAGUGAGGCUAAGCCAACCAAGGUUAAGAACUUUGGUAUUUGGAUCAGAUACGACUCCAGAUCUGGUACCCACAACAUGUACAAGGAAUACAGAGAUGUUACCAGAGUCAAUGCUGUUGAGACCAUGUAUUGUGAUUUGGCUGCCAGACACAGAGCCAGAUUUAGAUCUAUCCACAUUUUGAAGGUUGUCGAAUUGGAAAAGACCUCUGAUAUCAGAAGACAAUACGUCAAACAGUUCCUUGUUAAGGAUGUCAAGUUCCCAUUGCCUCACAGAGUCUUCAAAUCCAAGAACACUUUCUAUCCAAAGCGUCCAACCACCUUCUACUGA